AUGAAUCCAGUUAAUAUAAAGGUUGAAGAACACACCACCAUUAGUAAUUUAGUUGUAACUAUCAAACAGGAAGUUGUAGAUGAUGAAUUCAAUGAUCCUUUGUCAGUACAAAGUAGCGCAAAUAAUGAAUAUAAUUCAAAUGGAGUUCUUGAAAUAAAGAAUGAAAUACCAACAAAGCAUGAUAUGGUAGGAAAUGCUUCGAGUGUUGAAAUUACUAUUGAAAUAGAACCAGAUAUACAUACAAAAAUUAAGACUGAAAAGCCAGAAGUAGAUGACACAAAUGAAAUUGAUAUAGAAAAUAAUUUUGCUACAAAAUAUAAUGAAAAUACCAUAUUUAUUAAAGAGGAAGUGCAUGAAGAUGCCUGGGAGGAACAAAGUGAUGUUAAAGUAGAUGUACAGAGGAUAAAAUCUGAACAGGAUGAGUCUGACGAUAAGUCAAAGAUAUCAUCAGAUAGUAAUGACUUAAUAGACAAAUCUCAAAAUGAUGGUUUAACUUCUGAUGGAAAGCCGACUACAGUUGAAACUUCAAGCAAUGAAUUACGAUGUGAUAUAUGUAAUGAGGUAUUCUCGUCUGUUGACGACUUGCGACUCCACACACAGGACCAUACGGACCCUGAAACACACACUUGUAUACCGUGCAGACGAAGCUUUUCUGGUGUUAAAUCACUGCGUCGCCAUAUGGUGAUACAUACUAGCGAAAAACCGUAUUGCUGCGAAAUAUGUCAGAUGGCAUUUACAGAUAGUUCUGGUUUCAGCCGUCAUAAGCGGCUACAUUUCGGGGAGAAACGACAUGUAUGUGAAAUUUGCGACAUGAGGUUCCGAGACCACUCCAGUAUGGACCGUCAUAUUAUGCGAGUUCAUAAAAAUGAGAAAAGAUACAACUGCGACUUGUGUCAGCAAAGUUUUCCCACAAAUGUACAGGUCCAGUAUCACAUGAAGAGAGUUCAUACAGAUAAAAAAGAGUUUUGUUGUGACCAAUGUCACCAGUCCUUUUCUGCAGCUAGAUCAUUGAAACGUCACUUAUUAAUACACAGUGGGGAGAAGCCAUAUAAAUGUGACAUUUGCCUGAAGGAUUUUAGAGACAACUCGGUUAUGCUUCGUCACAAACGCUUGCACACUGGUGAAAAACCUUUUCUUUGUAAAGUGUGUGAUAAUUAUUUCAUAGAUCAAACACGAUUGAGUAUACAUAUGCGAGUUCAUACCGGCGAGAGGCCGCAUUGCUGCGAAUACUGUGAUCAGUCGUUCAGAGAUCAUACGCAACUGUCGAUUCACACACGUAUCCAUACUGGUGAAAGACCAUACAGUUGUGACGUGUGCCAGAAGAGCUUCAAAGACAAAAGAUCGUACAAAGUUCAUAUGCGAAUCCACACUGGUGAGAGGCCAUACGAGUGCACAGACUGCGAUAAAUCUUUCAGAGACAAUACUCUGCUGAGACAACACAUUCGCAUACACGCUCGCAAGCCGCAGUCUAAUUGUACAGAUUGUGAGAAGGGAUUCAAUGAUGACACACAAUUACAGAAUCAUAUGCAGAAACACACGGGUGACAAACCAUACCACUGUUCUAUGUGCGUGAAGAGUUUCAGAGAUAUGUCACAGUUACGAAUUCAUACACGAACACAUACGGGAGAAAGACCUUUCACUUGCACAGUGUGUAAAAGUGCUUUUAAAUCACGUUCAGACUUGAAUUGCCAUAUGCAUAUACAUUCCGAUGUGAAACCAUUUAGUUGCGAAGUGUGCGGAAAGAGCUUUAGGUUCCAGAAACGUGUGAGGUAUCAUAUGAGGAUCCAUACAGACGAGAGGCCUUAUCCCUGCAAACUGUGUCCGCAGCGGUUUAGAGUGAGUGGUCACUUGAAGAAGCAUAUGAACUCAAUCCAUGCUAAUGAAAGUACAGAAAUAAUAGUACCUGAUUGAACUAGAGAUUUAUUUUUGCGAGAGUAAA